AUGGCAGUCAAAUCAGGAGAGACGGAGAGUACCCAGACGAUUUUGAAUACAGGUGUUGAUAUCGAUGCUGUGAACGUCAAUUGCUUUACAGCACUGACGCUCGCAGUGUGGUUACGACGAGUUGAUGUCGCGCAGCAUUUACUCGAGAGCGGUGCUGACGGCAAUAUACGCAGGGCAGACGGAAAGACUGCGCUCUAUCUGGCCGCUGAGGACAUUGCAGCCCAGGAGUUCAUGGUUACUCUUUUGACCGAGUGGCGAGCAGAUGUGGAUACAAACGCAUGUAGCCUCGCGCCCAUCAUUCUAGCUGCAAGCAGGGGUCAUGAGGCGAUUGUGCGUCGACUUACAACAUGUGGUGCCGAUCUCAAGGCUGCGGAUGAUUUCGGCCGUACGGCUCUAUACCACGCCGCCUGGUACGGAAACAAGUCUCUCGUGGAAACAUUACUGCGCAACGGUGCAGGUGUCAACAUCCCUGACGAAGAAGGUAAUACUCCUCUCAUGAGCGCCAUAGAGGAUAAGCACCACAAAUACAUCGUGGACCUGCUUGGAGCCGCACGGACCAGGGACGAGGGCAAAUACACGAGCGUAGACGACGCCCUUCUUCACCAGAUGCCCAACUCAGAGGGCAGAAAUGGCUGUACGGCUAUUCAUCUCGCAGUGUUGGCGAAAGACAUCGCCUUUGUCCGCGAGCUUCUGAAGAACGGUGCCGCGGACGAUGUCUGCAACCUUGAAGGCUUAACAGCAUUAGACAUCGUGCGUUCACAGUACACGAAGAACGUCCUCGAGUUUCUGAAGGGUAAAACUGUGCACGAUUUCCCUGGCCUUCAGGGCUCCCCCGCAACAGUACACCGCGCACGUUUACUGUACUGGAAAUACGUCGUCGAACUCCUUACUGAGAAGGACAAAAUUAUGCAUGUUUCUGCUCCAUCUCUUGAAAUGGGGCGAUGGCUCUGA